GAGACAUUAGAUAUGAUUUGAAAUCGUAUCUUCUAAACGAUUAGACAUCCCUCGUCCCAGUACAAGACUCGGACGCCCAAUGUAUCUACGUUGCGAACGGGAACACGAACCAGACGGCUUCAACGACGGUAACAGCGGCUGACGGAAAGAAAGGCGGACGGCAGACGAAAAUCAGCGGAACCACGAUCAAGGGCACUCACGGCAUCGCAAGUUUUAGGAGGAAAAAGACGCUGGGGGUUUCAGAGUCGGAGCCACACUGUCAAAGCUGUGCCUGUAACGAUGAUUUCGGCCAUUGCUUGGGUCCCUAAAGGGGCCUCAAAGUCCCAGCCUCUUAUGGCUGACCUUCCUUCACAGCAGGAAAUUGAGGAAUUUAUUAACAGUGGAGGCAGUGAGAAUGAAGAAAAUGAUGAAGAUAUGGAUGUUGGUGCUAACGAACAAGAUGGUGACGUUGCUCAAGCGUUGUCUGUAGCUGAUGCACUUGGAAAGACAGUAGGAGAUAAAUGUGAUGAUAUAACCCUUGGCUUAGAGGAGCUUGACAUGGACAAUUAUGAUAAAGAGGAUGAAGGAGUUGAGCUACUUACGUUAGGGAUUGGUGAUCUUUAUUAUCCAAGUAACGAUAUAGAUCCAUAUCUCAAUCAUGAAAAUGAUGAUGACUCUGAAGAAUUUGAAGACAUGACAAUUCAUCCAACAGAUUCCGUAGUUGUUUGUGCAUGUAUAAAGAAACAUGACUGUCAUCUUGAGGUUUUGAUACUUGAGGACUCAAAUUCCAGUGAGAUAAACCAGUAUAUUCGCAAUGAUAUCAUGAUUACAGCUUGUCCACUCUGCACGGCUUGGUCAGAUUUCCCCCUAAAAGGGGGAGAAAGAGGGAACUUCAUAGCUGUUGGCUUUGAGGAUGAACCUUCCAUCGAGAUUUGGGACCUUGAUAUUGUUGAUGAAGUAAAGCCAUCAAUGAUUUUAGGAGGCCUUGUCGACAAAAAGAAAAAGGGGAAGAAAUCCAUUAAGUAUAAGGAUGGAAGUCAUAUUGACUCAGUACUUUCUCUUGCUUGGAACAAGUAUCUACUUGCAAGUGCUAGUGCUGACAAGCAAGUGAAGAUUUGGGACGUGGCUGUUGAGAAGUGUGAAAUUACAAUGGAGCAUCACUCAGACAAGGUUCAAGCAGUUGCAUGGAAUUAUUAUGCACCACAAGUUCUUCUUAGUGGGUCUUUUGAUCAAACAGUGGUCAUGAAGGACGUAAGGAUACCAUCACAUUCUGGCUUCAAGUGGUCAGUUUCAGCUGACGUAGAGAGCUUGGCUUGGGAUCCGCAUGCUGAGCACUCAUUUGUGGUGAGUCUUGAAGACGGCAUUGUCAAGGGUAUUGAUGUUCGUGCCAUCCAAUCUAAUUCAACAUCUCAAUCAACUAUUUUUAAUCUUCAUGCUCAUGAUAAAGCCGUUACCUCAGUAUCCUAUAAUUUGUCAGCAGCUAAUCUUCUUGCAACUGCAUCCAUCGAUGAGACGGUAAAAGUUUGGGAUUUGUCAAACCAAAAACCAUGUCAUGUAACAUCCUAUAAUCCUAAGACGGGACCCGUCUACAUUUCUUUCUCAAAGGACGAUCCUUUCUUGUUGGCAAUAGGAGGCUGCAAGGGAAAAUUGAAAGUCUGGAACACCUUGUGUGAUACUGGUGUCUCUCGAAUAGUGAAAGAAAAUAAAUAAUGGGAUAUUAGAAAGGAUAUUUACUAAUAAAUAAUUUAGGAUAUUAGGAAGGAUAAAUUGUGAAGGAAAUUAUUUAGGAUUUUUUUUAGGAGAAUUUUAGUAGUUUAGUUAUCAUGGCUGUAUUUUGUUUAUUUGUUAUGAUUUCUUUUACUUCAAGUUAGGUUUUAUGUAAUCUUAUUUGUGAUUGAGUUAUUAUUAUUUUAA